CAGCCUCUUCCUCCGCCGCUGCAGCCUGACUCUGACACAACCGGCAUGUCUGCAAACUGAGAGCGAGAGAGAGAAGCACAAAUCCGUCCUUUCAGACGCACAACUUGUGCUUUCUUUCAACACCGCAGAAGGCGAAAAAUUUCAGGUGGUUAUUGCAUUGCGACGAGGCUUUUUUUUUCUCGAGAGGGAUAAAGACUUGGAAGGAGGAUCAAAACAAGGUCUGUCCCUGAUAACGUGACCACUGAAGGAAAAGAACACAGAACUGCUUCAUCAUGAAUUUUGUAAUGAAAGCUGCGCUGGGAGGAGGACCUCCUGAUGUGGGCAAGAUGCUGGGGGGGGAGGAGAAAGAGGAGGACCCUGAUGCAGCGAAGAAAGAGGAGGAGCGACAGGAGGCACUGAGGCAGCAGGAGGAGGAGAGGAAGGCCAAAUAUGCCAAGAUGGAGGCUGAGAGGGAAAGGAUGAGGCAAGGCAUCAGGGAUAAGUAUGGUUUGAAAAAGCGUGAAGAAGCCGAGGCUGAGGCAGCAGCCGCUGUGGAGGAGCCCGCAGCCGGCAGCUUGACCCGACCCAAGAAGGCCGUGCCAGCCGGCUGUGGUGAUGAGGAGGAAGAGGAAAGCAUCAUGGACACAGUGAUGAAAUACCUGCCAGGCCCACUGCAAGACAUGCUGAAGAAGUAGGUUAGCAAGCUAGCUAAUGCUAACAUUUUCUAGCUUAGUUCAUAGGCUACAUUCACAAGGUUGGCUUAUGUCAGGGAUUUUUUUCCAUCCACAUGUAAGUGCGUAAAAUGAAGUUAAAAUACGGUGUGGUCUUUUGGUGUUUGGACAAAUCAAGUUUCAUGGUGGGGAAAUGAAUCAUACGUGAACCAGCAGUGUGAAUUUCAGCCAUUAGACUAAGCUAGGCUGACCCAACGGCCAGAUGAACGUUAGCUUGACUGAUGUUAACGUUAGCUAUGUUACACUAAUGAAGCUAACAGCAAGCAGAGGGGCUAAAGACACAAUGUUUGAUGGUUUAGCCUUCUAGUCUGUGAAGUUUUAAACUCCCUUUUCUCUCCUCUGCGGUAGCUGCAGAGAUCUCUCGCAGCACUGAAAAAUAAUCUCCUUGUCCACUACGCUGUUCACUCAAUUUGUACAUAAGUAAUGAAGACAUGAGAAGCCUAAAGGUGGGCAAACAAUCAUAAAAUAAUAUAUAAAAUUAUUAUACUAACUGUGUGUCUGUCUCUAAAAUAAAAAAAUAUGUGAUAACUUGAUAAGCCAUAUUUUAAAAAGGAAAUUUAAAGACUAUUGUUGUGUGCUGCCAAAGCUACUGUUUUGUGUUCGACCAUGUCUGAAAUUUAUGUAAAACUUUUUGCACACAGUGUUACACAUUCUCUGUAAAACCUAUUGUCUAUCUACCCUACACUCCUACAGUGCUCAAUAUCAAAGUGUGAUAACAUUCAUGUAGUGUAGUGUUUAAAAAUGUUUCUAUUCCCCCGUUCAGUGCGUCUCCUUCUUAUGUCUUGCAUGCCAUUUGUCUGGACAAGUUUGUUGUGUGAAUAUGUACAAACUCCCCCCCCCCCUCCCCCCCUCCCCCCUUUUAUCCUCUUCUUUAUCAUGCAAAAAAUAUUAAGGCAAUAACUCCUAAGUUUGAGUGUGUUUUCACUACCAUGUCAGUAUAACCGUUAUUAAUAUCAGUAACAAAAAAAAAAUGACAUGUAUGCAUUCAGGAAAUUUUAUUUACAGGUUUGCAGGGUUUUCUUUUUUUGUUGUGUCUUUGUUUUGAUGACGAAUGACCGUAUAGCCAAAACCUUAACCUUUCAGCCAUAAAACAAGAACCUACAGUAUAUAUACUAUUACUAUCAGGAUCUACUACUCGGGAGAGAAUGCUGGAAGAAACUGUAUGAAUAGAUAAAAAAUAUGCGUUACUGAUUUUUCAUCUAUAAUAAGCAGCAUUAACUAUUAACAUGGCCUCCAAGACUGACUAUUGGAUCAUGUGAAGAUAUCUGACCAAGAGAGAAAGAGACCACUUUCCCCCAAUACACACAAACACACACACAGUGCGUGAAUACUGCAGUUUGGCUACUGAUUUAGUUACACAGCAAAACCAGAAGCAUUUUAAAAGAUGACACGAGGGGACGCUUGAUUCAGUUCUAGUUAUUGUUGUUUUAGAGGUGACAAUAAGUCGCUGAGGGUGACGUGGAAUGCUAUGAGCAAUAAAGGAUUAUCAUGUAUAUUUCUGCCUGAGAUUCAAUAAAAACUUAAAACCUUGUUCACAGACAUUAAAAAUGUGUUAUCUUCUUUUCUGAGUGAUGUGGGGGUUGGCUUCAAAAAGGAUGUGAACAGGUGCAGGUGAAAAAUAGCCAACAAGCUUCAAGGUUCUUCCUCUAAUCUGGACUAUUAUGUGUGAAUUCAGGCCUUUAUUCACACAUUGGGUGUCUUGAGUCUGCUAUUCUCACAAAAAACAUUGUGACAUGUCACAGUAUGAAAAGCAUGUGAGUUAAAAUGUUUCAGUUUACCUGCUUCUGUUUCAGAGUAUGGGUACUGUGUAGUUGAAUAGAACAGAGCCAACAUUAAUGUUAACACAUGUUCCUAGUAAGUGGUAGUAUGAAGUACAGAUGUCUGCUGUGAAAAAGGCCUAUUACCCUUCUGAUUUUUCAUGAAAUGCACAAUAUGGAAAUUUAACGUGAAAAUUAAUCAGUAGAGUGCAUCAAAUCAUAAAUUGCAAAAAUAUUUUAUAGCUCCAUAUGUUCGUUAGACACCAGGCACCAACCUGACCCCAUAUCCCUUUACUUCAGACUGAUUACUAAGUAAAAAGUUUGGUACCUCUGCAGAGUUUCACUCAGUAAAUCAGAUGACACAAGCAUUUUUCUUCAAUGACAAGACGAGGGCUCUCAGGUAAAAUCUGCACACUGAAAUUGUAAACAGAAGACAACCAUCAUUAAAAGUAAAUAAAAUAAAACAAUAAAAGUGUAAUGCAGUUCUAUUCUUGGUCUGAUGAGGGCAAUAUAUGGUUGGAAAAGAUGGACAGUCUAGCUAAGCCUACGUGGUGUAUUUCUUAAAUUUUGCCACUGAGUGUCACUGUUGUCU